ACCGCGUACCGACGACGCGACAAACACGCAAAGAUUCUCUCAACACACCCUUGAAGAUCAUUCAGGAUUCAGCAAUCACGAUGAAGGCGUGGCAGCUACGUAGCCUUCGGCCGCGCUGGCCAAGGCCACCCACUUUCCCACGGUCGCAAAAGCCAUUCUUCUCCCGAUCCAGCUCAUCGACCUCACAGCAACGCGCCUCUGAGCGAUCGGGAACCCUUUCCCUCGUGGGGACCGCGGUAGCUACUGCUGUGGUUACUCUGCUGGCCUCCAAAGCGUGGGACAGAACCGCUGCGCUCACCGAAGCCGAAGCCGCCAAGACACAGUCCGGGGGAAGAUACGCCGAUCGCCCAACCAUGUUGAAGGCUGUCACAGAGCUGAAGAGUAUUCUAGGAGAGGAAUUUGUCAGCGUGGAUGCCGAAGACAUCGAGAAUCAUGGGUACUCGGAUUGGUCGACCUCCAACACCACCGAACGCCCGGUCGCAGUCGUGAGUCCCGCCACGACCGAACAAGUCUCCCAGAUCGCUCGCGUCUGCUCCAAGUACCGAGUCCCCAUGGUCCCGUUCGGUGCAGGUUCGAGUGUCGAGGGGAAUUUCUCCGCCCCGCAUUCGGGCAUCUGCAUCGACCUGUCCCGCAUGAACCAAGUGGUCGCGAUGUAUGAGCAGGACAUGAACGUCACGGUCCAGGCCGGGGUGCGAUGGGUCGAUCUGAACGACCAGCUCAAACCGACCGGCCUGUUCCUGCCCAUGGACCCCAGUCCAACCGCCUACGUGGGGGGCAUGAUCGCCACGAACUGCAGUGGGACCAACGCCAUGCGAUACGGGACCAUGAAGGACUGGGUGGUCAACCUUACGGUCGUGCUUCCCGAUGGGUCCGUGAUCAAGACCAAGAGACGUCCGCGCAAGUCCUCGGCAGGGUACAACCUGAAUGCGCUGUUCACGGGGUCAGAGGGCACGCUGGGCAUCAUCACGGAGGCCACGCUCAAGCUGGCAGUGAUACCGCAAGAGACCAGUGUGGGUAUCGCGACAUUCCCGACCGUGGGAGAUGCAACGGCGGCCGCAGCGAAGCUGAUCCGGGCGGCGGUUCCCUUGGCGGCGCUGGAGUUCAUGGACGAUGUUCAAAUGCGGAUCAUCAACCAGAAUGGGGGCGCUGGCGGGAGGUCCUGGGCUGAAGCCCCAACGCUGUUUCUGAAGUUCACCGGCACCACGUCUGGAAUCAAUGAGAGCAUCGACCGAACGCGGGAGAUCCUCAAGAACAACAAAGGGGACGAGUUGGUCUUCGCAUCAACCCCGGAGGAAGGGGACAAUCUCUGGUCUGCCAGGAAGCAGGCCCUAUGGACGACCUUAGCGGCAAGGCCCCAAGGCACCGAGAUCUGGUCCACCGAUGUGGCGGUGCCGAUCUCACGUCUGGCUGAGAUCGUUGAGAUGUCCAAGGAGGAGUCCAGUAGCCUGGGACUUUUCUCCACAGUGUUAGGGCACGUUGGCGAUGGCAACUUCCACCAGGCUGUGAUGUAUAACCCAAAGAGCUCCGAGCAGUAUCGCGCUGUUAAAGCAUGUGUCUCGAGAAUGAUGCGACGGGCGCUCGAGAUGGAAGGCACGAUUUCUGGCGAGCACGGCAUUGGGAUCGGGAAAAAGGAUUACCUUGAAGAGGAACUAGGAGAACCCACAGUAGAUUUCAUGAGGACAUUGAAGCGAAGCGUGGAUCCUUAUUGGCUUAUGAAUCCUGGAAAGGUUUUCAAUGAAAAACUAUGAGAAUGUGCUCUGAGAUCUCGAUAAUCCCACACGAUCAGCAUGUUGAUCAUCCUGGGUUAUCCAGGCAACAGGCAACGGCCCCUUACCAGGCACAUCACGGACGGCGCGGAUCAUUAAGUCCACCUGCCACUUGGGCAUGCAAUAUAAAAGUCACACAUAACGACUCUAUUGGUAGCUCUUGGGUCAAUAGCCUGUCUAGCCCGUCUAUAUGCCAUCAUCCUCAUAGGAUCCAAUCCUGCAAGCGAAAGUGCCAAGCUCAAGCCAAGACAACGGUCGCAUUACCGUACACUUGGCGCAACCAACUGAAGUGAUUCACUGCUGCCACGUGCAAUGCUUGGUCUGUCUAUGCGAAGUUAUUCUGCAG